UUUGGUUGUGAAUUAGAAAAAAAAACAACAAAAAAUUAUUCAGAUUAUUCAAUCCUGUUAUGGCUUGGUUUAAUGCUCUUUUGUUCGGCUUGGAUCUUCUUGGGUAUCUUGAUGGCACCUUUCCCUGUCCUUCUGCAACGGUGGUUCAGAAUGGAGGCCUGGACUCGUCUUUCUCGUCUUUAUUCCAAGAGAUCUACUACUCAUAUUAUUCAUCUCAAGGACAAGCUUACUUCAAUGACUCAUGGAUCUCUUUCUGUCACUGACUUUCUUAUGGCCAUUAAACAAAUUUCAGACAAACUAACUGUUCUUGGUGAUCUUUCAAGUGACGCUGAUCUUCCUGUCUACACCACUCAUGGUCUUGGUCCUACAUACAAGGAACUUAUCAAUGCCAUGAGGACUCGAGACACUGUUGUUCCAUUCGAAGAAUUAUUUGAUAAAAUCUUUGAUUAUGAAACUUUCCUUCUUCACAAUGAAAAACAAUAUCCUGAUCCUACUCCACCAACUACAAAUCUAGCCAAAAAGUCUUCUUCCUACUACCAUCCUCCUAAGUCUUUAUCUCUUUCCUUUGCACCUGGUUUACUUCCCAAUCCUGCUUCUGCAAAUAAACAAUAUAAACCCACCAACUCUUAUAAUUCCAAUUCAAAUUCAAUUGUUUGUCAAUUUUGCAGAAAGCACGGUUAUGAUGCCAAAAGAUGUUUUAAACUGUUUCCUCAGGAUCUUUGUACAGGGACUCCUUUAUUCCGCGAAAAGAAUCAGCAUGAUCUCUAUGAGUAGCCAACUACAGAAGGUGCAAUUAAAAGUUUGAACGUGGCUCUUUCUACUGGUACCACUCCUUCAACAUCUCCAAUGAGUUGGCAUGGGCGUCUUAGACAUCCAUUUCUAAAAACAAUUAAAUCUCUAGUUCAUUUUGGUUUAAACAAUUAAAUCUCUAGUUCAUUUUGGUUUAGUUUCACUUUCAACACCUCUGGGCUUGAAUCUUUUAUGUGACUCUUGUUUAUGUAAUAAAAGCCAACGUCUUCCUUUUGGCGAAUCAACCUUAAAAAGUAAUAGGCCCCUUGUUUUAGUCUGCAUUGAUGUCUGAGGACUUUCUACUAUUCAAUCUAUUGAUGGAUUCUACUACUAUGCAUCUUUGUUGAUCACUUUACAAAGUAUGUUUGGUUAUAUC